GGUUAACGACGACAACCCGACGACGCCGCCGCCAACUUCUUGACCACCCCAGCCUCGAGGUACGGACAGACAAAAUGGCGAACAACAGAUUGCAAUACCGCCGCCGGAACCCGUACAACACGCGGUCCAACCAGGUUCGGAUCAUCAAGACCCCUGGCGGUGAGCUCCGUUACCUUCACAUCAAGAAGAAGGGUACCGCUCCCAAGUGCGGUGACUGUGGCAUCAAGCUCCCUGGUGUCCCCGCCCUCCGCCCCCGCGAGUACGCUCAGAUCUCCCGCCCCAAGAAGAACGUCAGCCGUGCCUACGGUGGUUCCCGCUGCGCUGGCUGCGUCAAGGACCGCAUCGUCCGCGCUUUCCUGAUUGAGGAGCAGAAGAUCGUCAAGAAGGUCCUCAAGGAGUCCCAGGAGAAGGCUGCCGGCAAGCGCUAA